AUGUGCAAUAAACAGAGAGGAGAGUGUCGAGCGGCGGAGGAGGCUGGAGCGGGAUUGCCUGGUCUGGGCAGCAGAACCAGUGUGCUACUGCUACUGGCUCUCCUGGUAGCCAUGGUCCAGGCUCAGGGACCGGUGGAGGUGCUGGACGGACCCGGGGAGCUGGAGGCCUCCAUGCACUCCUCCAUACUCUCAGACUUCCAGGUGGUGGAGGCAGCGGUGGAGGCCCUGGAGCCGGUGGUGGCUGCAGUAGGAGCAGGGGGAGUGGCAGGGUUCCCUGACUCGUCUGCUGUGGUGGGCCGGGUGUUUCAGAUUAAGUUCCCGGUGAAGACAGACUACACCAGCAACACGAAGGUGAGCAGAGCACACCAAUCACUACUGACACCUCUGAGGGUGUGUGUGUGUGUGUGUGUGUGUGUGUGUGUGUGUGUGUGUGUGUGUGUGUGUGUGUGUGUGUGUGUGUGUGUGUGUGUGUGUGUGUGUGUGUGUGUGUGUGUGUGUAUGUGUGUGUGUGUAGCAGGGUUGAAGAUGAGCUAUACCAGUAACAUGGUGAAUGUGAGAGCUGCAGUCAGGGGGGGGGGGAGCUACAGCCACAGAGAGCAAUUCAAUUCAAGCUACAGCCACAGAGAGCAAUUCAAUUCAAGCUACAGCCACAGAGAGCCAUUAAAUUCAAGCUACAGCCACAGAGAGCAAUUCAAUUCAAGCUACAGCCACAGAGAGUCAUUCAAUUCAAGCUACAGCCACAGAGAGCAAUUCAAUUCAAGCUACAGCCACAUAGAGCCAUUCAAUUCAAGCUACAGCCACAGAGAGUCAUUCAAUUCAAGCUACAGCCACAGAGAGCCAUUCAAUUCAAGCUACAGCCACAGAGAGCCAUUCAAUUCAAGCUACAGCCACAGAGAGUCAUUCAAUUCAAGCUACAGCCACAGAGAGCAAUUAAAUUCAAGCUACAGCCACAGAGAGCCAUUCAAUUCAAGCUACAGCCACAGAGAGUCAUUCAAUUCAAGCUACAGCCACAGAGAGCAAUUCAAUUCAAGCUACAGCCACAUAGAGCCAUUCAAUUCAAGCUACAGCCACAGAGAGUCAUUCAAUUCAAGCUACAGCCACAGAGAGCAAUUCAAUUCAAGCUACAGCCACAUAGAGCCAUUCAAUUCAAGCUACAGCCACAUAGAGCCAUUCAAUUCAAGCUACAGCCACAUAGAGCCAUUCAAUUCAAGCUACAGCCACAGAGUUGAGUGUGAGACAUGCCAACUGUUUGAAAUGCAUGACCCCAGCACUUAUUCCAGCACUGUGUUGCCUCGUCCCAUGAUAACUCUCUGAGUCUCUCAGGCUGAGGGUGUAGUCCUAUAUUCACAGGAUCCUUUCUGCCCUGUCAAACGCAUGUUAAAGUACCCAGUACCAAACACCAAACCAUGAGCCCUUUGUGCAGAUUGUGAAAAUAGACCCUGACAGCUGGGCUAGUAGAAUGCUAACACUAAGCACUUUCUGAAGAGAAGAGACUCACUUUUCACACACAAACACACACACACGCACACACACACCCACACACACACACACACACACAGACACACACACAUAGACAUACACACACUGAGACUCACACACACACACACAUACACAGGGUGGUGUACAGCCAUUCAUUUCCUCCACACUAUUUACUCUAGAAAGUGAUUAUUUCUCACUACUUUCUGCCCGCUCACAGGAAUGAACACAUACAUACACACACACACAAACAAACAAACACUCUCUGCCCGCUCACAGGAAUGUGUUGAGACAAACAGGGCAUUUUGGAGCAACGCACCACUCCGAUGAAAAGCCUGCACACAGGUAUUAAAGCUGUAGAGUAAAGCCAACGUCAAGAACAUUUCAGUUCUAGGUUACCGUUGGUCUAAUGGUAGUUUAAUGCUUUUUAUGGUGUAAAAUCAGAGAUGCAUGAUAGAGUGUGUGUGUGUGUGUGUAUGUCCACAUUCUUGCUUGCUUGCGUACGUACAUGCUUUCUUGCGUGUGAUAAACAAGUCUUUGAUUUAAACAUGUCAUAUCUACACUGAGUGUACAAAACAUUAAGAACACCUGCUCUUUCCAUGACAUAGACUGACCAGGUGAAUCCAAGUGAAAGCCAUGGUCCCUUAUUUGAUGUCACUUGUUAAAUCCACUUCAAUCAGUGUAGAUGAAGGGGAGGAGACAGGUUAAAGAGGGAUUUUUAAGCCUUGAGAAAAUUGAGUCAUGGAUUGAAUAUGUGUGCCACUCAUAGGGUGAAUGUGCCUUUGAAAGGGGUCUGGUAGUAGGUGCCAGGCGCACCGGUUUGAGUGUGUCAAGAACUGCAACGCUGCUGUUUUUUUUUAUCACGCUCAACAGUUUCCCGUGUGUAUCAAGAAUGGUCCCACCACCCGAAGGACAUCCAGUCAACUUGACACAACUGUGGGAAGCACUGGAGACAACAUGGGCCAGCAUCCCUGUGGAGCGCUUUCGACACCUUGUAGAGUCCAUGCCCCGACGAAUUGAGGCUGUUCUGAGGGCAAAAGGGGGGAGGGUGCAACUCAAUAUUAGGAGGGUGUUCUAAUAUGCUUUGUACACUCAGUGUACUCUAUGUAUUCUGCAGUAUGGCGACACAACCUUCAAAUUAGUGGAUUCUAAUUAGUUAGAUAGUUGGUUUAGCCACAGAAAAAGACAGGAACCUUCCCGCUAGCCAUGAUUGGUUGACAUAAUGGAUGGGCUGGACAUGCCGAGAGAUGAGUUCGGAUUGGUCUGCUGUGUAGCGCGCUUCUGUCUAUAACAUGAGCUGCUCAGUAUGUUUAGAUAAUCCUUGAAACUGUAGCUUUUUUGAAAGGUACACUAUAUAUACAAGAGUAUGUGGACACCCCUUCAAAUUAGUGGAUGAUUCAGCUAUUUCAGCCACACCCGUUGCUGACAGGUGUAUAAAAUCGAGCACACAGCCAUGCAAUCUCCAUAGACAAACAUUGGCAGUAGAAUGGCCUUACUGGAGAGCUCAGUGACUUUCAACGUGGCACCGUCAUAGGAUGCCACCUUUCCAACAAGUCAGUUUGUCAAAUUUCUGCCCUGCUAGAGCUGCGCCGGUCAACUGUAAGUGCUGUUAUUGUGAUGUGGAAACGUCUAGGAGCAACACCGGCUCAACCACGAAGUGGUAGGCCACAUAAGCUCACAGAAAGUGACUGCUGAGUGCUGAAGCGCGUAGCGCGUAAAAAUAGUCUGUCCUCGGUUGCAACACUCACUACCGAGUUCCAAACUGCCUCUGGAAGCAACGUCAGCACAAUAACUGUUCGUCGAGAAAUGGGUUUCCAUGGCCGAGCAGCCGUACACAAGCCUAAGAUCACCAUGCGCAAUGCCAAGCGUUGGCUGGAGUGGUGUAAAGCUCGCCGCCAUUGGACUCUGGAGCAGUGGAAACACGUUCCCUUGAGUGAUGAAUCACGCUUCACCAUCUGGCAGUCCGACGGACGAAUCUGGUUUAGGCGGAUGCUAGGAGAACGCUACCUGCCCCAAUGCAUAGUGGCAACUGUAAAGUUUGGUGGAGGAGGAAUAAUGGUCUGGGGCUGUUUUUCAUGGUUCGGGCUAGGCCCCUUAAUUUCAGUGAAAGGAAAUCUUAACGAUACAGCAUACAAUGACAUUCUAGACGAUUCUGUGCUUCCAACUUUGUGGCAACAAUUUGGGGAAAGCCCUUUCCUGUUUCAGCAUGACAAUGCCCCCGUGCACAAAGAGAGGUCCGUACAGAAAUGGUUUGUUGAGAUCGGUGUGGAAGAACUUUACUGGCCUGCUCAGAGCCCUGACCUCAACCCCAUCGAACACCUUUGGGAUGAAUUGGAACGCCGACUGUGAGCCAGGCCUAAUCGCCCAACAUCAGUGCCCGACCUCACUAAUGCUCAUAUGUCUAAAUGGAAGCAAGUCCAUAUUAAUGCCCAUGAUUUUGGAAUGAGAUGUUCGACAAGCAGGUGUCCACAUACUUUUGGUCAUGUAGUAUGUAGUCUUUAUAUAUAAUGGAUAACAAUUCACACAGUGAAGUUGUGUAGCCUCCUAUGUAUGUACAACAGUUGCUAUAAUUGCGUUGGCCAUAAGGGAUAAGCUCACAGCCAUCUAGUGUGGCCUAGAACAUAUAGGCUCUAUAGAAGUCUCUAGAUGAUUCUAAGAACAUGUAGGCUCUAUAGAAGUCUCUAGAUGAUUCUAAGAACAUGUAGGCUCUAUAGAAGUCUCUAGAUGAUUCUAAGAACUUGUAGGCUACUAACACUACUUCAGUGUAUACUAAAGCGUGAUUGUUGCAGUGCUUCUUUAGAUUGCAAGGAAUAAAAAGAAAUGUAACUUCAUGUUGUGAGGUUCUUGUUGUUUUCAGCCCCACGGCAACACUAGAUACAAACUGUUUCUGAAGCUCCUUUUCAACUGCUCAGAAAGAUGCAAAAAAGAAAAAAACAUGUUCAGUUCGCUUUGACUGUCCUGGCAAGUCGAUCUGUUACAGUGAAAUCAGCCUGUCUCUGAUAAAUGGAGACAGAUAUCCCUGUUGUCUAGACUUCCCCGGUGGCUUUGUGUUUUCCUUUCCACUGUGUAUUCCACUGCUGCUCCCCCCUCUCCAGCGAUGGCAACCAGGCAGCAGGACUUUCUCUCUCUGUUUCCCUGAAACCCCUCCCAUUCGGACACAAAAAGACUCGCACUGAAACCCAAUUAGGCUUGGCAAUGUGGCAGCGGAAAACUUGUAUUAGUAGGAUGGAUGAAGGACCCAAGAUACAAAUGGGAGGAAGAUUUGAGUCUCUCAGUUCUCUGGUCAGAUGUAGUCAAAUAAUUCCAUCCGGAGUGGCUCAUACCAGUCAUAGAGUCCCUCCCUCCGUCCCUCCAUCCAUUCUCAUUUGUUAAGUUGUGAUUCUGCUCUGCAUAGCAACCAAGCAGGGUACCUACCACUGGUGUCACGUAGUCCUAGCCAGUCUUGGUGAGACUCUUUAGGGUUUAGUCGCAAGCUGCUAAUUUCUUUCUAGCUUUCAAAUAGGCACAUUCUUCUCUUCUCCUCUACCCUGCAACUCGUCCCCGGGUCCUUAGUGUACAAAGAAAGUAGUGCAUUAUGUGUUCUGUCAAUAUAGCUGGUAAUAUAGUGGUUAAUAAGCAACUCUAAGGGGGCCUUAUAAAAUCUAUGAUUUUUCCCCCAAAUUCUGUUUUAUAUUUUCCCAAAUUAUAUUUUCUCAGUUUUAUUUUUCCGGGUUUUAGAUUUUGUUUUUCAUUCCAUUUUCAUAGACGAACAAAAAACUUAGAUGUUCUGUAUAUCAAUGGUUAAAUCACAUCUGAAUACCUUUUAUUUUAGGUCUGGAAGAAAACAAACAAAUUGUUUUUUUGACUGCAGGAAUGUCCACCAGAGCUAUUGCCAGAGAAUGUAAUGUUUAAUUUCUCUACCAUAAGCUGCCUCCAAUGUCGUUUUAGAGAAUUUGGCAGUACGUCCAACCGGCCUCACAACCGCAGACCACGUGUAACCAUGCUAGCCCUGGACCUCCACAUCCGGCUUUUUCACCUGCGGGGUCGUCUGAGGGGGUGGGGGGUGGGGUGGGCCUGUCUCCCAAGUGGGUGGACCUAUGCCCUCCCAGGCCCACCCAUGGCUGCGCCCCUGCCCAGUCAUGUGAAAUCCUUAAAUUAGGGCCUAAUUAAUUUAUUUCAAUUGACUGAUUUCCUUAUAUGAACUGUAUCUCAGCAAGAUCUUUGAAAUUGUUGCAUGUUGCGUAAAAUUUUUUGUUCAGUAUACUUUCAAAAUUGUUUGGAGCUACUGAUAGUGGGAUCAACCUGUUGGACCCCUGCACUAGAGGGCACUAUAAUAUGCCAUUUAGCAGAUGCUUUUAUACAAAGUGACUUACAGUCACGUGUGCAUACAUUUUUACGUAUGGGUGGUCCCGGGGAUAGAACCCACUACCCUGGCGUUACAAGCGCCAUGCUCUACCAAUUGAGCUACAGAGGAUCGACCUGUUGGACCCCUGCACUAGAGGGCACUAGAUCGACCUGUUGGACCCCUGCACUAGAGGGAACUAGUGAGUGAUAUCUGACUUGUUAUGGGGUGACGUGUGUCCUUGGAUGUUCUUGUGGUAGACCUCCUUCCACUUCCACUUUCUUGCAUCACAAAUGAAAGUACAUCUAGUUCAAUUCUUUAUUUAUUUGUUAUUUAUCUGCUCUCAUAGCUGUUUGACAAUCUGUAUUGACGUUGAUGCGAUCACUCUUAGAGUGAAGUAUAUUAUGUGUACACACUCUCUCUCUCUCUCUCUGUCUUUCUCUCUCUGUACAGAACACAACAGAGCAGAACAGAAAGAGUUUCACUGACAGUGAGUCAUUCCUGAGGCGAAGCAGCAUUAGUCUGUGGGUCUGAAGGAAGGGGAGUUUAGUUUACUCCAGUCAUCUUAGUUCACUCUGUGGCUGUGUCACAAAUGGCACCCUAUUCCCUAAAUAGUGCACUACUUUGACCGGAGACCUAUGGACCCUGGUCAAAACUAGUGCACUAAAUAGGGAAUAGUGUGCCAUUUUGGAACAAUUUCAGUGACAGGGCCAGCUAGCAGAGAACAGGACACAGACCACUUAUAACCCACUAUUUUUCUGUGUGUGUCUAAAGUCUUCAGUAGCUUUUCUUUCUCUCCCUUCUCCUUCCACGUUGUCCCUCUCCUCAACGCUACAGGAGUUGAACUAAGCCCAUCUUUUCCUUCCACGUUGUCCCUCUCCUCAACGCUACAGGAGUUGAACUAAGCCCAUCUUCUCCUUCCAUGUUGUCCCUCUCUUCAACACUACAGGAGUUGAACUAAGCCCAUCUUUUCCUUCCACGUUGUCCCUCUCCUCAACGCUACAGGAGUUGAUCUAAGCCCAUCUUCUCCUUCCACGUUGUCCCUCUCUUCAACAUUACAGGAGUUGAACUAAGCCCAUCUUCUCCUUCCACGUUGUCCCUCUCUUCAACAUUACAGGAGUUGAACUAAGCCCAUCUUCUCCUUCCACGUUGUCCCUCUCUUCAACACUACAGGAGUUGAACUAAGCCCAUCUUCUCCUUCCACGUUGUCCCUCUCUUCAACAUUACAGGAGUUGAACUAAGCCCAUCUUCUCCUUCCACGUUGUCCCUCUCUUCAACACUACAGGAGUUGAACUAAGCCCAUCUUCUCCUUCCACGUUGUCCCUCUCUUCAACAUUACAGGAGUUAUCUAAGCCAUCUUCUCCUUCCACGUUGUCCCUCUCUUCAACGCUACAGGAGUUGAUCUAAGCCCAUCUUCUCCUUCCACGUUGUCCCUCUCUUCAACAUACAGGAGUUGAUCUAACCCAUCUUCUCCUUCCACGUUGUCCCUCUCUUCAACAUUACAGGAGUUAGAACUAAGGCCCAUUAUUCUCACCUCUAUCCUCCUUCUGAAUAAACUAUUUAAUUAGUGUAACUGCAAUCAAAUGUUGUGGAGUGACUGACCUGAGGGGAGGGGGAAAAGGAGGAAACAGGGGCGGGGAUCUCUCGCUCGUCUCGCUCUCUCUCUCUCUCUCGCUCUUGCUCUCAUCUUCUCUCUCCUCUCUCUCUCAAUUCAAUUCAAUUCAAAUUCAAUUCAAUUUAAGGGCUUGUAUUGGCAUGGGAAAUUGUUGUUAACAGUGCCAAAGCAAGUGAAGGAGUAGUAGAGGAGAGAGGCGAGCGGCGCGAGCGCGAGAGCUCUAGAGAGCUCGAUAGAGCGAGAGUCGAGAGGAGCAUAUAACUCUCUAUCUCUCUAUCUCAAUCUAUCCUCUACUCUCGCUCAUAGCUCUAUCAUUAUCUCUCUCCUCUCUCUCUCUCUCUUCUUCUUUCUCUCUGUCUCCUCAGUAGUAUAGCUCUAUCACCAUCUGCACAAAUAUUUUUCAGUUAACUAGGAAUGAGCUGUGUGUGUGUGUGUGUGUUUGUGUUUGUGUUUGUGUGUGUGUGAUGUUGUGUGUGUGUGUGUGUGUGUGUGUGUGUGAAUGAUUGAUUGAGUGAGUGAGUGAGUGUGAAUAGUUCACAUUGUGUAUAUGAAUAGAUCACUACAAUGUUUUCUGAAAUUGCCCUCUAUUACCAUCACAGGGAGUUUUUAUUAUUCUGGGAUGGCAGUAUUGACAUCAUCAGACUAUUUCCAGACACAACCUAGAUAUUUAUAGUUGUCCAUGAUCCACGGUUUCUCACAUUGGAAAGUACAACAUGAAAGGGUGUGUUCCAGGACUGAACAGCAGGGUAUAAUACUAUCGCUCUACUGCUGAACAGCAAUAGAAUCGAGUGAUAUAAAUGUUUAACAGUUUAAAAUGGGCUGGACUAGUGUCUCAUAAAUAUCCUACUGCCUGUCUGCCUGCCUAUCUGCCAGUCUAACGGCCUCCCUCUCUUCCCUCUCCUUCACUUUCAUUUUCCAGUGGAAAUAAUCAGCUGUGCCAAUAACUCGCUCCCUCCCUCCUUCCCUCCCCUGUUUUUAGCCCCUCCCUCCCUCCUUCCCUCCCCUGUUUUAGCCCCUCCCUCCCUCCCUCCCUCCUUCCCUCCCUCUCUACGUUUCAAGUCCUUCACCACAUCAUAUCACAAAGAGAUGCCAAGUCAGUCACUGCCUCUAUCCUUCCCUUCCAUAUGAAUGUUAUCUGUUUGCCUGUCGACACGGCUAUCGACGCGGCUGUGACCAUGUGAGCCUUUUUCCUCCUAGGCGGAUAACUGAAUAUCAAAUCCGUUAAAUGAUGGUGGUGCGGAUAGAUCGGGCCGAGGAUAUCAUUAACGCAAAACAGUUAAUGGAUGUCUUAGAUACUUAGAUGUUGAUUAAGAUGCCUUGGGAGAUUGGACGCCCCUCACUCAUCUAGUCCUCAUUCCUCCAUCUCUCCCUCUUUUUCCUCCGUCACGUCGUAGAUCCCUCAUCGCCCCUCCGCAGUGUUAGAUAUCAGAGAAGCUGAUAGUCAGAGAAGCUGAUAGUCAGAGAAGCUGAUAGUCAGAGAAGCUGAUAGUCAGAGAAGCUGAUAGUCAGAGAAGCUGAUAGUCAGAGAAGCUGAAGCUGAUAGUCAGAGAAGCUGAUAGUCAGAGAAGCUGAUAGUCAGAGAAGCUGAUAGUCAGAGAAGCUGAAGCUGAUAGUCAGAGAAGCUGAUAGUCAGAGAAGCUGAUAGUCAGAGAAGCUGAUAGUCAGAGAAGCUGAAGCUGAUAGUCAGAGAAGCUGAUAGUCAGAGAAGCUGAAGCUGAUAGUCAGAGAAGCUGAUAGUCAGAGAAGCUGAUAGUCAGAGAAGCUGAUAGUCAGAGAAGCUGAAGCUGAUAGUCAGAGAAGCUGAUAGUCAGAGAAGCUGAUAGUCAGAGAAGCUGAUAGUCAGAGAAACUGAUAGUCAGAGAAGCUUAUAGUCAGAGAAGCUGAUAGUCAGAGAAGCUGAUAGUCAGAGAAGCUGAUAGUCAGAGAAGCUGAUAGUCACAGUGGGUUUGACAGUGGGUUUUGGGGCUAUGAGCAGAAAUCAAUCCAAAUGGCACCCUAUUCCCUAUAUAAUAUAUAGGGAAUAGGGUGCCAUUUGGGAUACAGCAGUUAGUGUCUUUGAUAAGAUUAAAACCUCCCUGGUUUAAUUAACUUCACUAUUAAAGUGGGGAGAACGGGGGUACUACUGCUGUGUACUCAUCAUCAUCAUCACACACACACACACACACACACACACACACACACAGACGUCAUCUCAUCAUCUCCUGGUGAUAUCGGCCAAAGGCUUUUGGAUACAUCACCACAUUACUCAUCACCAUAGUUGUCAAAGUUUCUGUGAUGCAGCGGUAGGAGGUGGAGGAGGGUUAAUGGAUGAAGUGGGGGAGGGAGGGAACGCGUGUGUUUAGGCCUAUGUGUUCAUGUGCGUCAGUUGCGUAUGUGCGUGCAAGUGUACUUGCUUCCUUGUGUCUGUGCGCGUGUGUGCGUCUGCGUUCGCCUGUGCUCUUGUGUGUGUCUGAAAGCAGGAGGGACUGAACGCUGUAAAAAGCCCAGAUGCUGUUUCCUGUCCCUGGUGAUGGCUGUGUACUGGUUAGACCAUUAAUGAUCCAUCUUGGGAACGCUGGGCUCUACAUAAUUUAUCAACUAUACCAUUUAUCAUCCGCAAAAUUAACUUGUUGGUUGGGGUAGAAGGGAAGCAGAGGACGCAUUCGUUUUAUUUUUUUUAUAUAUAUAUUUUUUUUGGAAUGCUUUGUCAUUCCCCUGUGAUUUAUUUCUCUGUCAGAUUCCUGGAACGAAUUUAAUGCCUAAGCUCUUGCUGUUUUAGACAAUGUGUAAAAAAAAUACAGUCCCCCUUGUUGCGUAUCCCAAGUCUUAUUUGUGAUGGUAUACUGUAGCUUAGGCUACAUCUAAAUAACAUGCACCAAUGGCUAAAUUCAAUAUAGUCCUUUUUUCAUUGAUCGUGUCUAAAACAAUCCGUAUCUUAUAUGGAAGAGAUUUGAUGUACAGUUUCAUGUUGAAUUCGUGCACUCUGUCUCACCUUUAAAAGUGUCAAGAAACCUAGUUUUGCACUAAUCUGAAAGUAUAAGUUGUGUGAAGUAAAACACCAGUAACAGCGGUGUACAACAUUUAUAAUGAUUGCAUCAACAUUUAUAGAUUUGUUUUUGCGCAAUAGCUGUUUUAAAAACAUCCAAUUUUUACCCAAAUUGUAUUUAUGAACCACACAGAUCAAAACAAGCCAAGACUUGAUCUCCUUCUUGAUUCUUUCUUCUUCUGUAUCAUAAUGAAUUGUAAACAAGCUGUAUCAUCAAAGAAACAGUAAUGCUGUGAGUAGAACAGAAAUGGUAAAUGUAGUGGCCGUAAAAAUUAUUAUUUUGCAUGUUGUUGUUGUUGUUUUCUUGUAUUAUAUCUUAAAUUAUUCAUCAAAACAAGAGAGACUUUAUCAAAUAUGUUUAUCUUUGUUUUCUUCCAGAUAACUGAGUCAGGCAAGGAGACGCUACCAACAUGGCUUCACUGGGACUGGAAGAGCAACGUCCUACAGGGUCUACCGCUGGAGGAGGACAAGGGUGUCCACUACAUCACCGUCUCCACAUCCAACGGCAGCCAGGACAUCUUCUCCAUCGAGGUGCACCCAGAGGAACACGCCGACACCGACCCCAUCCAGCUUGCCAUCCAGUCGGCGUCCAACAAUGAGGUCCAGCCGUUCGUCUGCGGCACAGAGGAACCGGUGACGGUGCUCACUGUGAUUCUGGACGCCGACCUCACCAAGAUGAGCUCCAGGCAGAGGGUGGAGCUGCUGGGCAAGAUGAAGAAGUUCUCUGGCGUGGCGCUCCAGCACAUGAAGAUACUUCCCGUGGUCAACAACAGAUUGUUCGACAUGUCCGCCUUCAUGGCCGGACCAGGAAAUGCCAAAAAGGUGGUGGAGAACGGAGCCCUGUUAUCCUGGAAGCUAGGAUGUUCCCUAGACCAGAGUAAUGUCCCCAACAUCAGCAGCGUCCAGGCGCCGGCGAAAGAAGGCACUAUGUCUGCUCAGCUGGGAUACCCUGUGGUCGGUUGGCACAUCGCCAACAAGAAGCCUCAUAUCCCCAAACGGGUGAGGCGCCAGCUCAACAAUACCCCUACCCCUGUUCUAGCUGUGCUUCCCCCAACGUCUGUUGUCGAGCCCCCUGUUCGCAUUGUACCCACCCUGUCGUCACCUGCCAUUGCUGCCCCCACAGACAGCUCUUCCCCACCCAUUAGAGGGCCUGUGCCCUUGCCCAUGAAGCCCACGAUCCGUGUCAGAGACUCCUAUGCCCACACUCCCACUCAGGGUGCACCCCUGCCAACCAGAGUGAUGGAGUCCACUAGUACCAUCUCCAUUCAACCCACCAUGACCAGGCAUACCGUUGUGGAAGCCACUCCGACACUCCCUCCACCCACCACAGUCGCCACCAGAAAGCCAACCAAGAAACCAAAGAGACCGAAGACCACUCCGAUGCCAAGGGAACCCAAGACCACCACUGCCAAACCAGCCAGACGCACCACCCCUUCGUCCAUCGUGCCUGACCCAAGAAACGAGAAACCAGAUCUCCGCAACCCCAUCGAUCAGGUCAAUGCCUUCGUGGGCACAUACUUUGAGGUGAAGAUCCCAUCCGAUACAUUCUUUGACAAGGAGGACGGUACGACAGACAAACUGAGGUUGACCCUGAGGAUGAACCACAACGAAGUUGUUGCGGACGACUCCUGGAUACAGUUUAAUAGCACAAGCCAGCUGCUGUACGGUCUUCCAGACUCAAAUCACAUUGGGAAGCACGAGUACUUCAUGCAGGCCACCGAUAAGGGCGGUCUGAAUGCGAUCGAUGCCUUCGAGGUCCGCGUGAACCGCUGGGCAUCCAACGAUAAGUCCCCGGUCCUGUUCCAGGCCCGCUUACAUGGCGAACCUCGCCUGGUGACCAACAACAUCCACAAGAAGAUCCUGCUCAUCAAGAAGCUGGCGUACUCGUUCGGUGACCGCAACAGCAGUACGGUCACCCUGAGGAACAUCACCAAGGGAUCCAUUGUGGUGGAGUGGACGAACAACAGCCUCCAGCAGAACCCCUGUCCCAAGGAGCAGAUCCAGACCAUGUCCAGGAGGAUCUCCGAUGCCCAGGGAAGGCCCUCCCAGACCUUCAUCUCCGCCAUGGAACCUGACUUCAUACCCAUCAGCAUCAAGGUCAACGGAAUGGGUGCCUGCCGGAACUACAUGUUUGUCCCGCCGGGUGAAAUCACUAUCCCUAUCCCACCGGCCGUCACGCCGGCGCUGGGCACCGGACGCCAGAGCACGGACGACGUCUACCUCCACACGGUGAUCCCGGCCGUGGUGGUGGCGGCCAUCUUGCUGAUCGCCGGCAUCAUCGCCAUGAUCUGCUACCGCAAGAAGCGCAAGGGCAAGCUGACCAUUGAGGAUCAGGCUACCUUCAUCAAGAAGGGGGUGCCCAUAAUCUUCGCAGACGAGCUAGACGACUCCAAGCCCCCUCCGUCGUCCUCCAUGCCCCUCAUCCUGCAGGAGGAGAAACCCCCUCUGCCCCCGCCGGAGUACCCCAACAUGGCCAGUCCAGAGACCACCCCCCUGAACCAGGACCUUCUGGGUGAGUACACGGCUCUGAGGGACGAGGACCCCAACGCGCCCCCCUACCAGCCCCGCCCCCCUUCACCGCCCCCAUGGAAGGUAAAGGAUCUCGUCCAAAGAACAUGA